CGGAAUAGAGCGCGCCUGCCAGUGGGUCGCCGGUGUGUUGAGCAAAAAUUUCUUCGAGUAUUAGACGGUUGACAGCUCACAGACUCAUACGCCUCAUAAACACUAGCAAAGAUGUUCGGAUCACCGAGGACACCUCAACGUGUACGUCGUUCGGCUUUCUAUAAAUCGCCGUAUGCCGGAACGGUGAACACAUCGAUCCUGAGCGCCUCUCUGAAUAUGUCAAUGCAAACCUCGAUUUUGGGCGAAACCCCGAACCACAUUCUCGAGCCCUCGCCAACGGCUUUACCAGUUCAUAUCGUGGAGUCAUUGCUGACAAUCGAGAGCCCUCAAUCAACGUCCGUGAUCCUCUCGAAUUCAUGGGCGUGGUUGGUGGUGAAGUCCCGUCUGCUCGUCUUCCAGCAUACCAAGCAGAUUUCAUCCAAGACAUGUUUUUCACUCGAGCUGCCGAACUCUAUCCUUCUCCAUCAGGCAAAUCUUUGCUAUAUCGGCGAAGGUGGACCGUCGCCGAGCUGUAUGGUUGUGUCCCCGGUUGGCGUUAUCAGAUACUGGCCGAACAUCUCUCAUGAAUCUGCUUACACCGAGACCAGUGUCGACAUGGGGGGCGAGGAAUGCUUCCAGCUCUGCCACUUGGGGGACGACUUUUUCGUUGUGGCGACCACCACCGGCAGUCUGAUCAAAGUUGCCGUUCUCGGAUACCAAGGCAACGUCACUCUGGACACGCGCAAGGUCCGGAUCCAGCACGGCGUAUUCUCUGAAAUCGGGAAGAAAAUGAGCUCGCUGUUGUUUGGCGCCAUGCCGAUAGCAGGAGAUAUCAACCAUCGUGACGCUCGGAGGCUUCUAUGCAGAGGUGGCGAUGAAGUGCUCAUCCUCUUCGAGAAAGCUCUUCAAAGUUGGACUGGAUGGGAAGACGGUCAGGAAACACCCAGGUACGACAUCGACCUAGAGGGAAUGGUUCGCACCUCAUUCAGGACGAAGGUCUGGGGAAACGAAUCAGUCGGUGAAGCGGACAUAAGCACAUGGUGUAUAGACGCGCAGAUUUGUGUCGAGGGCGUCCUGGUCUUGAUGGCAGCCGUGAACGAAAAUCUUCCUCAAAGGCUGCACUACGCUCUCGCGAUCAUCGACUUGCAUGCUCCGGAUGAGCUUAAAUACUUCACUCCUCUCUCUGAAGUGGAGGAGUGCACCCGGAGCAACUUGGACUUCUUGCUAGCGGCGCGGUGUCUCCUGCCCCACGGACGAGAGGUGUUCGUUUAUACUCGCCACAAGAUCGUUUGCGUAAAUCUGAUCGAAGGUGAGCAAGACGUGCUGAGACUCCCUCUCAACGAUGCCAUUCUCGGAUGCGGUUCCAAAGACGGUCAACCCCUCCUUCUGACCCAGCUCAAUCAUCUGGUCAUUUUGAAAACAACUGGCAGGCAACUCGUUGAGCCUCUCCUACCGGAGGAGAGCGCCAGAAUCGCCGAAUCAUUCAUCGACAAAGACGACGCACCUGUCAGUAAUGCUGAAGCACUACUGAGACGGGCACUCCUGCACCAUACCAGGGGAGAGAUCGUUCAGAGUCAAAACUUGUUGGACCAGGUUUUCCCUGCUUUGGCCGAGAGCCCUCAAGUUGAGGGAAUGGACCAAGUUUUUGUGGAUCUCUCCAAAGCAUUACUCAAUGAUAUACCGGCCGGCGAUCCUCGAUGGGGUAAAAAGACACCGAAGGGAACUUCCGUUCUCAUCGAGAAUCAUAUCGCCGAUAAGAUCAAGACACUCGACGUCAUGAUGCAGUUUCUGAAGGUUUACGGUAUCUGGAAGAAGUUCACGUUCGUGACGGUGGACAAUGUUGAGACCCAGACACGUCUCGUCCUGCAGGAACACAGAGAAUUACUCUCGAUGGCCGAGGGACUCGAUAGUACCUACGAGGGUCUUCGGCCUACACAGAGUAUGCUCGACGUCGCCAUGAAACGCGUCGUGAAGAAAAGAGGGGAAAAACCGCCGAAGAAGAGCAUAACCAGCCGAGAUUUGUGCUUCGUGCGAGUCUAUGAUAUCUCUGAUCUGCUCGUAGAAACCCAGAAUUACCUAGAAGAGCUCAUCGAGCAGGAAGACGAGUUUCUCCUCGAGAAGAUCCUCCUUACGAACACGUUGUUCGUGGGAGCAUUGGAGAAUAUCAAAUCGUUGAGGGAGCAGUUUCUCGAAUCGGAAGCCGGCCUGCUUGAGAGCGGAGAAUACUUGCCGUGGACUGCGAGGCGUCUGCGGGACGUGCUGAUCAGGCAAUGCGAAAUCUGCGAAGAACAUGCGAUGGCUCACAAUUAUCUCGUCGGCGAUAAGAAGAGUCAACUCUUGGAGCAGAUGUCCGAAAUGACCCGGAUCGUCUUGGAUGAUUACGUGAUGAACGUGAAAUCUCUCGUUGCCUGCGCCCCGAAAAUCAAGGUCGAAAAGACUCGGCAGCAGAUGAGUGUCGACAGACAGAAACUGAUUGGUUACUUCUACAAACACAAGCACAUCGAUGUCGCUGCGUGUUUAGCGGAAGAGUUCUUCGAAUUCCCCCUGUUGGUGCGAAUUUGCGAAGAAACAGGUCAACAAAACAAACUAUUCGAGUACAUGGAUAGGUUUGCUGGGGAAAAUUUCUCCGAGUACGUCUUCCAGUAUUACGUCGACUCCGGAAAACGUGACAAAUUGCUCACCCAACCGUCGGCUUUCAACGCCCAGCUGUCGAAGUUCCUUCAAUCACAUUCGAACCUCCACUGGUUGCACAGUAUAAAGACAGGCGAUUUCCUGAAAGCUUGUCAGUCUUUGAAACAACUCGCGGAGAGGGAGGAGCGCUUACUGUGCCGGAAGAAACUACAGGUCAGCAUAGCGAAAUUGGCGGCUCUCGCGAGUACCGAUGAACAAGCAGAGGAACAGCUGCAAGAUAUAUACAGUAUGCACGACAUCAUCGCCAUUCAGGAGAGCUUAUCGCCCCAAAUACUGGACCGGAACGGCUUCACACCGGAAACUUGUCCAGUCCUCAAGCCUAUUGAGAUGAUCAAAUUCAUCUGCGAUUCCAAUUCCAAGAAGGAUAUGGAUUAUAAAAUCGCCCUGGAUCUCUUGGAGUUCGUCGCGGAAGACGAGCGACCCGCGUUGCGUAGAACCAUCUGGGCUAAGGCAGUUCUCCAGGAUGACUGGGAGUUCCAAGAAGGGAGCUACAUCACGGAUAUCAUGAGGGACCUCCUGUUUUUCCAAAUCAUCGAGUUGGGCUUCAUGCAAGAUCGUGAUCUUAAGAAAUUCAUGCCCGCUAUCGAAGAUCUCCUGGAAAGUGAGCUACUGGCGGACAUCCGUAAUAGCGAUUCAUUCCAAUACAUUCUACACGGUGGCUACGAGCACAUACGUAAAAUGGCUGAAGAUUGAGAAAUUCUCUCCUCAUAUUCGCAUCAUGUUGAAUUUUUAGCUCCAGCUAAAUCCGUACGAACUGUCCUUGUAAAUAAAUGAUUUGUAUAUCGGUA